AGAAGUGGCGUCCCUGAACCGCCGCAUCCAACUGGUCGAGGAGGAGCUAGACCGGGCUCAGGAGCGCCUUGCGACGGCCUUGCAGAAGCUGGAGGAAGCUGAGAAAGCUGCAGAUGAGAGUGAGAGGGGCAUGAAGGUAAUUGAGAACAGAGCCCUGAAAGAUGAGGAGAAGAUGGAGCUGCAGGAGAUCCAGCUGAAGGAGGCCAAGCACAUUGCUGAGGAGGCAGACAGGAAGUACGAGGAGGUUGCCCGGAAACUGGUAAUCAUUGAGGGAGACCUGGAGCGUACAGAGGAGAGGGCCGAGCUGGCCGAGUCCCAUUGCCGGGAGCUGGAGGAGCAGAUCCGGUUGAUGGACCAAAACCUGAAGUUCCUUGCUCAGGCUGAAGAAAAGUACUCUCAGAAAGAGGACAAGUAUGAAGAGGAGAUCAAGAUCUUGACUGACAAGCUCAAGGAGGCUGAGACUCGGGCCGAGUUUGCAGAGAGAUCGGUAGCCAAGCUGGAGAAGACCAUUGAUGACUUGGAAGACGAGCUGUAUGCCCAGAAACUGAAGUACAAAGCCAUUAGCGAGGAGUUGGACCACGCCCUCAAUGACAUGACUUCCAUAUAAGAUUUGUGAUUCCAAAAUACCACUUAAUGGCUUGGCCUCCGCACCUUCUCUCUCUCUCUUUUCCACUUUGUCUACCCUUCCCGUUGGCUGAAGUUCCUGUGCUCCAGGGCCGCACGCGCACCUCUCUCUGGGUAGCCCUGGGAACACACAUCCUCCAUGUCCCGGGGGUGUGUGUGUGCGUGUGACCUCACCAGUAGCCGGAGUCCUCUCCGCCCCUCCUCUUCCAGCCGCCCUGUGCUGUGUCUGAAACAAAGCAGUCUUUGUGACUUCCAGCGUGCCGGAGUCUACUGGGCGUGGAGGUGCUGCUCUGACCAUACAGCUGUUGGGGGGGGGCUGGGAGGGUGCCGGAUUCCUGUCCGCAUAGCCGGCAGGACCUCAACGUCUCCCCAGCCCGCCGUCUCCCAGGGCGGGACGUUGGCACUGUGCAGCAAGAGGUGGCAGCGAGGGACACGCGGCUGGGAUUGGGUGUGUCCCAGCACCGCACUGAUGUAGCGUCUCUCGCACCGUGUCGCUUUUACCAACCAGUCUGUAACCGUCGGUGGAAUGUAAUAUAGACACUCUGCACUAAAAA